CCGUUAUUCAGUAAUACUUGUACUGAAUAGAUGAAAGAAUAGAUGCCUUUAUUUGAAAGACAUUCAGUUGAAGCCAUCCAAAAGGUAAGAGGCAGCAGGAGGAUUACAUUAUCAUCAAGCAAGGCACAGACAAUAUCUAAAGUGAGUACUCGAAAAUCUUUUGUGAAUAUCAAAUUUAGAAUCUUGGUACUUGACAUGUUUCUGCAUGUAUAAUGAAUGGCCUAUACUUUUUGAGCUUUAGUUAAGACAGAAUCAGACUUGCUAUAAGCCAAUGAUUCUGCAUGUGCUUAGAAUGUCCAGCUGCAAUUAGCACAGUAGUCAGCGCACUAUAUAAUGGGGGAAUUCUUGUGAACGGUUAAUAAAACUUCACCGACUUUUAAAACAGAGGCUACGUGAUUUAUAUGACCGUUAACUUACCCGGAUGGGGCCCAACGCAGGCAAUCUCCGUAACCUUUCUUGAAAUGCACCCCAGCUGACAUUUGAUACGAAACCAUGGUAGGGAAAUUUGUGAGCUGUAUAAGUGCUUUCUGAAUCUGAUACCUUGCCUCACUGCUUGAGAAAAUGGAGGGGGCUACGUUUCAUGCUUACUCCAGGGUCACCAAACUAUAUAUGUAGGAGCAUUGUCAUCCCAAAUAUUUGUGCUUAUCAUUAACCAUCCUCCAGAGUACUUGAAAAUCAACCAGAAAGGUAUCACUUUCUUUGAAGUUCUCUAAUUAAUGGCUAGCCAACCUCCAGCACGUCCAUGGUUUCGUUUAGCUACUAUGGCUGCGCGGUCGGCCCCUCCCCCACAGCCUGAUCCAGUUCCCCAGCCAAGGCCAAGUGCUAUUCGACCUGCAUUUAGGGCACCGCCUACUCAAACUCAAGAACCUGCACCACAAGCACCUGUUUCUGCUCCACCUCCACCUGUGGCCAAUACUCAAGUGCCACCAGCUUCUGUUGCACCAGUGACAAGGUCUCCUCCUGCUGCUCCUGCCCCAGUUCCAGCCACACCACCAUCAAAAAUAACUACUGUUGCUCCACCUUCACCAAUUGUAACACAGUCCCCAUCCACCGCGAACAGAUCAUCUCCAGUGUCUUCUGCUCCAAAAGCAACACUGGCUCCCGUGAUUCCACUGCCCUCCUCUUCUUCCCUUCCUCAGUCGCCUAAGCCCAAAGAUCCAUCUCCGUCACGUGGCACAAUAUAUUCUCCUGCACCCAAAACAGUAUCCCAAGCUCAAACCUCUGCUCCAAAACCAUCACCCUAUGCAGCCGGAUCUAUCAAUGUUCCUGCAACAAACUCAACAUCCUUCCCCAAACCCGUAAGCUCUCAGCCAAAUACUCCAUCAGCAUCUCCUAUCAAUCGGCGCAUUGUUCAUCCUCCAUCCCCACUAACUCUCCCUCCAGCACAGUUAAGGUCUGACAACGAGCGAGAACUAAAACAUCCUCUGGAAUUCGAGCAGAAAGCUGUCCUUGUGCAGGAAACCAAAGAAAAGCCAAACUUGUACAACACUGAACCUCGUAGCACUGACAAUCCCCAUAAAGGAGAUCGAGAAACAAAUAAAAAGACUCAUCACAAAGACAAAGGUAGCCACAAAAACACUGCAAAUUCUAAUAGUUCCGGGAUGAGGAUCAUAACAGUUGCAGGUGACAACAAAGGAGCAAUAAUGGAGUUGAGGCCUCAUAAGAACAAGGACUUGGGCACCAACCCUGUCAACUUCCAAGGAAAGUUUCGGACUUGGGGUGAAGGAGAGAAAUCCAGAAGCGGUAGCAGUAGCAGCAGCAGCAGUGAAGAAGGUAAAUCGAAAAAGGAUGGGAAUCCUAAGGAGGCGAUGACAAAGGCAUUGUCACUUCCUUAUGUGAACAGCAAUGUACAGGCAGUGAACAAUUCCAUCCUCUUCAAUGCUACUUGCACUCACCAUGAUCCUGGUGUCCACAUAUCUAUGUCAAGAACAAUGAGUGCUGGCCGUGGAUCUAAGGUUAAGAAACAGAUGAAUAGAGAUGAUUAACUUGAGCAAAAAGUUCUCUGCUGCUUUCUGGUUUUCCCUUUACUUGAGUGCUACUUUACUGUAAUUUACAAAAUAAUAAUGAGUGAUUCAUGGUAUUGAUUCUGAUUCUCUUUUGGUUGGAUUAUUCCACUUCUAGUGUAUAUUGGUAAUCUGUAUAGAUGGUUAUUUAAGAUCAUGAAUAUUGAUUGUAAAGAAAAACUUUACAAAAUAUACAAAAAUACGGAAGACAAUAAAAUGUUUGAUUGUUGUUUUAUA